UUCUUCAUCAAUCACAGUUCCUUAAUACGGCACUGUAACAGACGAUUAAAUUUUCUUUUAUUCCAGUGUUCUGCUUGUAGUGAAGUCGCCUACUGUAGCAAGGAAUGCCAGAAAACAGUUUGGAAAUCUCACAAACCACGCUGUAUGCAAAUUCGGAAGACCGUUCAAGUGUUUGCAGAACGAUAUAGAAGUCAGUUUUCCCAAGAUAUUAAGAGAACCGAAAAUGUAUCCUAUUAUUUCGGGAACACCAUUGCAAUUGAUGUCUUAAAGCUAGGUCUCAAUGAGGCUGAACCAUCGUCUGACGAUGUUGCUCUUCAACUCUCAAGAGAUUACAACAUCUUAUUCGCUGGUGUCGGAGACUUGCGCAACCUUUUGCUUACAACAGCAUCUCUCCCAAGCAACUUUACUGGCAACAUUCGAUUUACUCUGAACGACAUAGACCCAUUCGUUCUGGCGAGAGAUGCACUGUUCCUGUACAUAAUAAUAACUCAGGCCUCGAAAGAAUCAAUCGAGCUGACAAUAACGAAUAUAUGGUAUUCUCUUCAACUACCAGAUAAAGAUUUUCAGUUUCUUAUUUCUACAUUAAAUGAACUUAUUAUGCACACUGUAGAAACGCUAAAUGAUGCCACAUGCGGUCAUUUGGUUGUCAACAAAGAAGACUUUGACAUCAUGAAGGAAGUCUGGGUAAAAUGGCGAGAUUUGGAAUGUGAAACUGGAAAUUGGAACGCAAUCGAUCUGGCAGGACAGAGAACAAACUUGUUCCGUAGUACUUCUGUCUCCUCCCAAGCUAUGUCACUGUAUUGUCAGAUGAUUCCUGAGAGAUACAUGGAAUCUGCUACUCAAUACUUUGUAGACGGCUUGUUUUUAAGAAGUAACCUUGAAAAAGGUAAAUUAAGAUUUGAUAACCCUACACUUACUGGACGUACAUCAUCAAUGAAAGAACCAAUCUCCGUUGAUCAAUUACUUAAAAUUAAACCGAUGGCAUAUAACUUUGAAUAUUGCAUCCCAUCCGCCCACCUUCCAUUUCGUGGUUGGGAUUAUAAUCAAGCAAGUAAAAUGUUUGAAGAAGAUUCAUUAGUUGAUCUCUUUCAUGUGUAUAUUGCCAGCGUCAUCAAGAGUGCUUUGUCUUACUUUCAGAAAAGUAAAAUCUUUUCUAACUGUUGUCUAAAAAAUUGCAUUGACAUUUGCAAUGAGCCAGACGUUGAGCCGAAGUAUGACCGUAUUAUGACGUCAAACGUUGCCGAUUUUACAGGAAUCAAACAACUACUUUCAUCAAUGCGUCCUUUGCUGAGUACAACUAAUAAACAUGCUGUGCUCGUUACGGAAACUAUGAUUUGGCAUGCAUUUGUGCAAGAGGCUUAUAUAUUGCACCCACUUAAUAGAUUAAAGAUACAACCACUUUCAGAGGUCAUGGUAAAAGAUACCGGACGCCGAGAGCUUCAAAACAUUGACCAUACCAAAUUCGACUACUUUGACAAUACUUCAUCGUUUAUUCGUUACCUACAGCUUGUGUAUCUAGCAACAAUUAAUAAGGAACGAAAAAAUGAUUACAUUCCAACUCUUUCAACAAUCGUCAGAAAUAUGGAAGGAUUUACCCUCAACGACUUUACAAGUGGACUGAAUAAGCUGGUUCCAUUUCGAUACCGUGUAAACGCUAGGGCAUGCAAUAUGGAAAAUGGAUACCGGAGGAAUCUAGAAUGGAGGCUCUGUGCUGAGUAUGGAAGCGGUUCUUCAUAAUUAUUAUCGAAAACUAUCAACAUUAUAUAUAU